CGAGAGCGGCCCCGAAUCUUCCGGCGACAAUAUCUUAUCCUUCCCCAUCACCACCUCUAUAUAGUCUGCGUUCAGUUCCCAUGAACUUCCUGGAGAAGCUAAGGAUGCAGAAGAAGGAGCCAGAUAAAGAGAAACCGCCUAAAUUUGAAGGACCCAUCUACUGGUUCGAGACCUCUGACUCCGUUACUCGAAGAUUCCAAUUUGAACCCGACGGCCAACUCUCCAUGAAGGUGCUUGACGACUCAAGACAAGUAUUCCAGAGAGUGGCUGAAUCCUUCCUGAAUAAAUUUUUCCCAUCUGGCUAUCCAUAUAGUGUGAACGAGGGAUAUCUUAGAUACACACAAUUUCGGGCACUGCAACACUUGUCCAGUGCAGCAUUAUCUGUCUUGUCAACUCAGUCACUGCUAUUUGCUGCAGGCUUGCGACCCACCCCUGCACAGGCAACUGCUGUAAGUUGGAUAUUGAAGGAUGGGAUGCAGCAUAUGGGAAAGCUCAUAUGUAGCCAUUUGGGUGCAAGAAUGGAUUCUGAGCCAAAACGUUGGAGAAUUUUAGCUGAUGUUCUCUAUGACAUGGGUACUGGUUUGGAAGUUCUUUCGCCCUUAUGUCCUCAUCUUUUUCUUGAAGUGGCAGGACUUGGUAAUUUUGCGAAGGGAAUGGCAGUAGUUGCAGCAAGAGCAACUAGAUUACCAAUAUAUUCUUCAUUUGCAAAAGAAGGGAAUCUUAGUGACUUAUUUGCAAAAGGAGAGGCAAUAUCAACACUUUUUAAUGUUGUUGGAUUGGGAGUUGGGAUUCAAUUAGCAUCCACUAUUUGCUCGUCAAUGCCAGGGAAGUUGGUUGCUGGGUCGCUUCUCUCUGGCAUACAUGUAUAUAGUGUCAUUGAAGAAAUGAGAGCUGCUCCUGUCAAUACAUUGAAUCCACAAAGGACUGCAAUGAUUGUUGCUGAUUUUCUAAAGACAGGAAAAGUGUCCAAUCCUGCUGACCUGAGAUACCGUGAGGAUCUCCUCUUCCCAGGUCGACUAGUAGAAGAAGCAGGGAAUGUAAAAAUAGGGGGGCCUUUUCACAAAGUUAUGAAGCCUUCACAGCUUAAGCUAUGGAAAGAAAUAUUUCCAGAAGAGAAGUUUGUUUUGAAUCUUGGUGACACAUGGACUGACAUGUUGUUGGAGCACAAUGCUACAGGGGAAGAUGUAUUAAAGGGGUGGCUCAUUGCCGCAUAUGCUGCAGAACUGAAGAAAUCUUCCCCUGAGUCCAAUGUUUGUGUCUUGCAAGAUGCUUAUGAGAAGGUGGAUAAGGUGUUCACCCCAUUUUUUUCUGAGGUGCAGGCCAAAGGGUGGCAUACAGAUCGUUUUCUUGAUGGAGCAGGAGGCCGUUUUGCUUAUUAAUUUUCUCUAGUUGAUACUUCACUGCUUUCAUGAGCAAUCCAGCAACAUGCUAAAGGCUAAUGUUGCCUCUCAGAAAUAGGUCCAUGUUUGUUUAGGGAAUUACUGAUGCCUGUGUAACAAUAAGUUUAACUGUUGCUUGCAGCAAUAUAUGAUUUCACAUCUG